AUUUUUCUCACAUGAUCGAAUCUUGCCAAUAAAAGAAAUUUUUAUUAAAAAAGAAGUUCCAAAAUUAAUGAAAAUGAAGUUUUUUCUUCCAAACCAAAAAAUAGCUCAAACACAAAAUUGGGGCAGAUUUUAAAUUGCAGUUAUCUUGUCCGGGCUAGGUGGGACCCUGGGCGUUAGGAACUUUGAAGCUUCCGGGAAACCACUUCUUUACUCCCAAGUUUCCCAUUUUGGUAAGUUUGUAGGAUACAAAUUUCUCAUAGAACUUCUAUUUUUAUCUCACGGAGUAAUUCAUUUUCUCUUGAAAUUUUCUACAAAAACCCUCUAGAAAAAGAAGGUUGACAAAUUUCUCAUGCUUAUUCGUUUCCUUUUCUUUCAACGGUUUUUCUUUUUACAUACUUCUAUUUCUGGAUGAACUAUUUUGGGAUCCUUUUUCCUACUCAGAUAAUGCUGGAUUUGUGAGUUCUACAGCAAAUUUUAGUAGCUUGAUUCAGGGUUUUGGUUUAAUUUUUGAGGGUUUUGUGUUCCUUCAAGAUUUGAUAUUGUAGUUUAAUUUCUUUGUGAUUAGGACCCCAGAUUUUAGUUCCUCGAUCAAUUGUGGGAUUAAUUGAAUUGGGCUUUAUUUUUUUUUCCUUAAACCAAUCAUUUCUUGCAAAAAUUAGGUACCCCCAGAAAAAAUAAAAAUGGAGCUAAUUCAGGAAGAUUCUAGUAAUAUGGAAGAUGUUGAAUUAGCAGAACCAUCUGAAAGUAGUCCUCUUAGAGAGAGAAAUUUCCCGAAAACCCAAUUUUCAGGUUUUGUGAGAAGAUGGGCUUACAUAUUUGAUGGCAAUGGUAAUUAUUAUAGCAAAGAUUGGGAUCUUAGUGAAGGAAGAGGUAAAGAAUUUUGUUGGUAUCAUUUAGAACUUCCCAAGGCAAAUCAGAACAUCUCAAUUUCAGCAAAAUACCUAAUUGAUGUACUUUGUCCUCCUUUAAAGCUUCAAGACAUUCUAUCACUUGUUAGCAAUGGAUCCUUUUGUGGUUAUGUUGAUGGGGCGCUUGUUUUUCGGGUCAACUCUCCUGGACCUGCUUCGAGUGCUUAUAUCUCUAGGCUUGCUGCUAGGAUUACUGAGAACUCGGUUAUUACUGUUUCCUUGGGGAGAGUUCCGAGGCUUGGUUUUUCGAAGACAGUACAGUCUUUGUUAUCGGAGAUCCCGGUUGUUGAUACUCCUAGAUGUCGAAAUGGGGAGCAAAGGGAAGGGGGGAUUGUGAUCAAGGAACAUGUGCUUGAGUUUUUGUUGACUAUGAAUCAUUCUGAGGAAGCUGAUAAUCCUGUUCCGAACUCUGUCUCGAAUCUGGUUAUUCAUGUUAUUGACACAUUUGUGGAUCAUCUGCAAGAUAUUGUGACCAAACUCGAGAGUGAGUUGGAUUCAGUGGAACUAGAGUUGGAUAGAGGUGGUUUUGCAUUGAAGAAGGAAAUGCUAGAUGACAGAAGAUUUCCGAAAAUGCAUCUUAAUUUGCAGAGGCUACUACAGGUUAUUGCACAUGGAGAACAAAUAUUUCCGCGUGUGAAAGAAAAAUGCUCUUCAAAACGUUGGUUUGCUCAAGAAGACGUUGUCUCUCUUGAAGAGUUGAUUGGAAGAAUGAGAAGGCUAAAAGAGAAUGUUGGUUUUAUAGCAAACCGUGUAACUGCAAUCCAGGCUAGUCUAGAUAGUUGGCAGGCUGAACAAAUAAACAGGAAACUAUACUAUAUCUCAUUCUUGUCCAUAGUAUUCCUUCCUUUAUCAGUCAUCACCGGAGUUUUUGGAAUGAAUGUGGGAGGAGUUCCAUGGACAAUGCAGAGGAGUCCUGAUGUCAAAGAUGGCUUCAGAAAUGUCAUGUUGCUUUGUGUGGUUACUCUCUUGGCAGUGCUUCUUUGCUUCUCUUUCGCAUCCCUUUAUACCCGUUUCAAUACUUGGUGGAACCGGAAGACUUUUAAAAGAAGCUGGUCUCUCAACCGAAAGUCAUUCCUGAAACGAAACUCUGAUGGCAUACUUCAAGAUAAAGGAGGUUACUUUCGGCUUUGAGAUGAAUAGUAAUCCCAUCUCUAAACAGAAAAGAAAAAACAAGUCCCCAUUUUUAACUGCUUUUUUUCAUCUAUCAGCAAUUCAGCAUUGCAACUAUCUGGAGGACAUCAUUUAUGGAAGAGAGUAAACUCUGACGUCCUUACUAUCAGUGAUUCUCUUAUGUCUCUUGGACUCGGGUCCUGUCUUGGGCUACGUUACUGGCGGCGGGUACAUGUCCUUGUCUGAUUGUCAAGCGAACCCAUGUUAAGACACGGGACGGGGCUAAAGAGUCCAAGUAACCUGGUGUUGAUACUGUGAGCUUAGAAAUUGUGCUGAAGUUCUGCAUUUACUGGUCAUUAGCACUAUGUACACUGUACAGAUUCUUUUAUUUCUUUUUUUCUUACAAGAUGAUUACAACUUCUUUGUGGAGGAGGUUUGCAGUACUUUGUUAGACGUUAGAACAACACUUAAGCUUUACUGAUUUCAGCCGUUUUAACUA